CUCACCGGUUUCAUGUCGCGUUCUCUGCCACUGAGCAUUGACACCUCCGAAGCAGUGAAUGCCCACGAUAAUUCUGCUCAACACAAAACACAACCGCCCAACGUCGACGCUACUUCAACUUCCACAACAACUGUCGGCAGCAAACUCUUCAACCACGAGCAACAUCAACCACACGAAGUCAACAACAAUGCACUUGGACACCUUAACAGGGACGAUGAUUCUGCUGUUGCCUCGCACUCCCAGGGCUAUGUUGCCGAAGUGGACAAUGCUGCGGUGCUUCCGUACGACGAACACGACGACGACCAAGAUCAGUCAGCGGAGACUCUGAAUCAGCACACAAAUUUCAUUUUCAAUUGGCACUCCAAGAACAGCGACAUCAGCGCCAUCGAACCACUACAGAAGCCUGACAUAAAUGUACUAACCAUUGCCACGCUCUCCGAUUUGCAGAAGCCGUUGCUCUUUGGAUUGAUCGCAGGUACUUUCAUGAUCACCUUGGUGCUGAUUGCGUACAGGUGCUCGGUGGCACAGCAGCGUUUGGCCGACAAGGACAUGCUCAUAAGCGAUGAUGGCUUGCAUGCAGUUGUAGUGUCCUUGCCGCCCGCUGCCGUGCUAGCUGCGCGCGCUAACAACAAAGUGGCGACACGAAAAGCCACGGAAGCCGCUCGGAACGCCUGUGGCGCUGGGGCGCAAGGUGCGACGUCACUAGCAUAUCAGCGCGGCAGCGAUGAAGAGGGUGAGGAGCAGUACGAGCGCGGCGUGGAGGAAGUGUGUAGCAAUCCGGCGAUUUGCUCGAGAAACGCGCUCAAAGUGUAAGUGAAUGUAGGCGAGUACGAAGUGUGUGGGCGCGCGCGCCGGUCAGUCAGCAAAAAAGGGGUGCUGGGGCGUAUGAGUAACAAAAUGAAUUGAUUGAGAUUAAAACAGGAAUUAAGUUACACACACUAAACGGAAUGCGGAUAAAUGCAUUUGAGAAGGAGGGAAAAAAAUAUUACCUUUAGCAAAUUAAGCAGCAUUAAUGUAAGGCUACAACUAAUAUGUAAAUUAAGCUACAGGCGGCAAUUAGGCGGCCAACUAAUCAUUUAUGAUUUAAAAAAAUUGUGGAUGUUCUCGUUUCAACAACUUUUCGAUAGACAUGCCUACAUUUAAGCAAACAUAAAUAUUUAGCUGUACAAACAAACAAACAAAUAUUUAGUAUAAAUAUGAGUGCACUUGCACCCGAAAACAUAUAUUAACAUUUAGGCUAAAAAUCGAUAUUCAUUCUAAAUAGUCAUUCGUUGCAAAAUUAUGCGUUUGUGUGAUGCCACGUUAAAUGUGGUGGUGCCGACGGCAGUUGAGGCGCUCUCUCGAACACAUAUACAUACGUAGAGUUUAGUAUAAUUAUGUAAAAUUGCAUAAUUCAUUAUUCACAGUCAGUUGAUUGCAUUCAUUUGCGUUUGAAUUUGCUACAAUUAAGCAAUUAAGCGAGUGCUCUAUUCUACGAAUGCGUAACUAGUUUGUAUGCGUGCGAGCGUGUAAUAAUUUGAAUGUGCUUGUGCAAGUUUAAUUACUAGAAAUAUCAACUGACAGCUGUGUGUGAGGGUGUGAAUAUGGAAAAUGUGUAUAAGAUCUGAAUAGAUUUAGCUAAGUUUUGAGUGAGUUGUGCAGUUGUAGCGUGCAGAGUCGAAAGCACUUUGUAUACAUAAUUUUAGGGCAUUUUAAUACUCAAAUAAUAAGUAAGUAUGAAACCAGUUGGCAGGAGCUUCCUUCCAAUGUUAAAUUCUCAGAAAAGAGUAAAAGAAGGCAAAGGUUUGCCCCAUUUUUUUCAACUGCUCAACGAAAGUAUAUACCUGAUACCUACAUAUGUAUGUAGCUAGACCGUCUGAGAUCGAAAACAAUAUAAUUUUUGCUCGCCUACAGACCCUCAAGGACUCCUAUUUGUUGCUGAGCUUAGAACUCACACAUUUCCAAAGCCACUUUUAUGGCUGAAAAUAGGGGUAAUACAACUAGAUGCGGACGAAGGAAGCAAGAUUAAUAUACCUACAAAAAUAAUUUAAAAGCUUGCAAUGCUCGAUUAGCCUGAAAAUGGUGACGGAGUAGACAAUGCCUUGAGUACAGCUGAGCUUUAAUUACCUCCUCAACAAAUUUCCACCACGUAGUUGAUGACCUUGGGUAUUGCAAAUAGUAGCUUGGUAUACCGUGGUAUAUUUCUCAAGAGAGCUGCGAAUACUUUCACCGUUGUUUUGGAUAUAAGCUACAGAUACUGACUCUGUGUCACUUUCGGAGACUUCAACAAAGAUUGGAGAAUGUGUUUGCGAGAGUUUAGCGAUGGCAGAAGCCCCAAGGUGUUGUAGUUAGUGGAAGUUCCUAUAUAGAACACAGCCAUAUUCCUGUAGAAAGCAGCAAACAGCCUUAAAGGAUCACCCUUCAUCUUUCCUUUGCACAAGAGUUCGCUCAGGGGAAAAUAUAUCCUUGAACUGAGAAUCGCUGAAUUUGACCUCAGUGCGUACUGCGUAUCAGCUUUCGAUGUGGGAUUUUAUGAGAGCUUUGUGCGAGCUUAAAGUCCGUUCUUUGACCUGUAUUACAUAAGCUUUUGAUAUGCUCAACGCCAGAAAAUACCACUUUUUCCAUUUAUCUUUGCACAAACUGCCAGCUGCUUUCAUUUCUGAAGCAUUCGACUAGUUGUAUUUUCUUUUUUAAAUACUUUAAAAGUGCAAUCGAUUAAAAACCAUAAAAAAAACAGAAAGUGAAAACGAUAUUUAUAUUAAGGAUUGUGUAUCUUAGAGUAUUUAUUACGUUAGGAAUGUAGUGGUAAACUUAAUUGCUCAAUUUGUAAUUUGAUAACUGCUUUGCUUUUCAAAAUAAAUUUUACUUCGGAUUUAAUGCUGCUUCUCUAGUGGUAAAAUAUUUUGAAAAGCAUACGGUAGUUAAACCAUUAAAAAAAAAAAAAUCCCGUGACUUCCUUUCACAAACGCACACAAAAGCACUUUCUUCCAAGCACCAGUAUUUACACAAUCCUCUUCCUUCCCCUCAAUAACAGUACAUCUAAAAAUUUGAAUUUUUCCAAAAAAAAAAAAAUUUUUAAAUCAAAGCUCUGCAGUAUAAAACAUAAAUUUUUCUUAAUUAUAAUUUUUUUUUAAUAAUUAUUCUAGAAAAGCGCAAAAUCAAAACUAAGCGAAUUUUUUAGUGAAAAUUUUCAGGAAGAAUACGGAAGGAAUUUAACAGCGUAUUUGUUUAUACAUGUGUGUAUUGGUGUGCAAAAAGUAAUU